GUACCGGGUUGACGACUGUAACAGCUGCUGUUGCCCGUACGGCCGGUGGUAGAUGGGUUUCUCGAACGACCCCGCGGAUCAUCCGGUGCUAUGGUGCCAGCAGCUGAAGCGUGCCCAGGAGAAACGGAUUGCUGAUGCCAGUUACCGAGAUUGGCAGCUCCGGAGGCAGAUCGAACGACAAGCACGUUCCAAAGAGCAAGCACAUUACCGAGAAGUGAUGGAGCGCUACUCGCCGUGGGGCCGGAAGGGGGGCGGCGCCCCAAACGACACGGUCCGCAUACGGAACAUCCAACUGCAGGGAAUCUACCCGGAGUCGAAAAAUCUUCCCACCGUUGUUCCUGUUUCGCACGCUGCUGUAACUGCUCCUGCUGUUCGACGGUCACGACCAUCACGACCCUGUCAGCAGGACUUUCGCCAACCGAUGGCAACGAUGCCGAGGGCGGCGGCCAAGGGGGUUAGUGCCGGCGGUGGAGGAGCACCGCUGCGGAAUGCCUCCGGGCAGAUUGUGACAGGUCUGACGGACGAUCCGAUUAUCAGCUUCAACGAUGCCAACCGGUACCACGUGGACAACGAUCUGCGCUACAAGACGUCGGCAGCGCAGAAGCAACAGUACAAAGCGGAGCUGGACCGGAUUGUGGCCGAGAAGGAAAACCGACUGCGGAAGACCAGGAGUUCCGAGUCGGAGGCCAAGAAUGGAGGUCCUUGGGGUAAAGCGGGACCGGGAGGAAAGCCAUGGCGACCACCGAAGAAUGUCGGGUACAACUUCAUGAAGUCGAUGGGUUGGACCAAUAAGGAAACGCUCCAGGAUUUGGACAUCGACAUCGUCACCAGGAUGCAACGGCAGCUCGAAGAGGAGAACAAAUAUCUGAAGAAGUUCUCCAACUGUUGCUCCCGGUGCGUGUGCCAGUGCGUCAGCAACAGUUUGGAACCGGUCUCCACGGGAAGUGCCCAAGCGGCGUCCCGUCCAAUCGUAAGCCCUCCGAAAGCGCUCCUAUCGCCGCCAGCCACGGCACCCAGCCAACAGAUGCGGUACGAGCCGAAUCCGAGCACCGACAAGAUUACCGACCGCCGUGUACCACGGAUGUGCCAGCAGAAUCAGCAAACCACUCCGGGGCGGGCCCCGGUUGUCAAACGUGGUAGCAGAAUUGCGCCGACCCGGAACUGUAUGAUCACGGGCGGUGUCGAGUUGGUUCCCUUGCUGGCCAAACGCCGUUCGCAACCGAGACCGAUCAGCCUCGGGACGACCGACGUAACCAAAAUCGAUAAGUACAGCUCCAAUGGCGCAGCUGCACGACACUUGGGUGAUCAAUACUUGCACGACCUGUGCCAUCAGAUGAACCAGAAGCAACGGCAGAUGGAAACCAGCCGAAUGGCGGAAUUCGAAACCAGCCAACAGCACUUUGACACGUGGACCUCAUUCUGGGGCCGGCCGGGCCACGGUGCACCCUUGCCCAACAAGAACAAGCUUAACCUGGACAAUCUGCUUUACUCGUCGCCACGGUAAAGCAGCAUUCGUGCCAGCCAGCAAUCGCUUGUAAGUACCUACCUACCAGCAAAACGCACGCAUUGAAUCGAGUUUGUCCGCUUGCCGCCGGGGCAAGCGAUAGCAAAGUUCGAUCAACUAGCUUUGAAAAGUUUGAUGCCGUUAUUGAAGGCCCAUGCCAAAAGGGCAAAGUUUAUUAUCAAUCGUUAGACAGUUAGGACUAAGAAUCGCUCGAGCAAUUACCAUAGUUCGCUUCCAACUUGCUUGUGUUUUCUUGUAUUGUUAAGAAUCUCCAUUAGGGUAAAAGUUAGACGUUGAACGGAAAUGUUGAAUAAAUUUUAACCACGUUAAGUUAACAUCGUUAGAAACGUAGCUCUAAAACAUGUUUCAAAUUAAUCCAUCAUAAUUCUAUCGGCAUAUUGAGUAUGAAAUUCUACAUUAAACGACGCUUCCUUAUACCUAAACCAGAACCAUACUUAAGAAGUUAAGGGUUUACUCGAUUGACAUGAACACAUUGAAAAUGCGCGUAGCAAAUGUUGCAAACGUAGAGCUUGUUUAGUGUAUCGUUAAAAGGUUAAAUGUAGAGCAGGUAAAU